AUGGAUCAAAUUAAUACUCUAGGAUUUGUUAAUUGUACACUAUCAACUUUUCAAAAUAAAGUCCCCAAUAAAAUUAGUAACGCAGAAAGUGAAUUAGAUUAUAAUGAAUCUAUCCCCAGUAGUAAAUUUUGGACCGAUUCCGAGACCAGAGCUUUGCUUUUUUUUCUUAGUGACAAUUUUGAUUUAUAUCGUAAAAAUAAGCCAAAAUUUUAUGCUGCAGCAGCAAUAAAUAUUGGUAAUAAUAGAACUAGUGUGCAAGUUGAUUCAAAAAUCCA